UGAUGCUUGAUUUCGGGCCCAACUUGAUUUCAUAGUCUAUAGUUAUUGGUGUUUGCAGCGAAAGCUCGAGGGCUAUGCUCAGAUUGCAGGUUGGAUGAUGCAUCGAAACACGUGAGAAUGGUAGAAUCACGGAGAAGCGCGGCAGACACUUCUAGAUCAACAUCGAUACGAUGACUGACUCCCCAAAAGCCUCCAGGGGUGAUAGAGACGCACAUGAUCUCAUGUCUUCGCUUCGCGACAGGCAGGAAAACGGCAAUGUUCAUGGGGAUCAGCCUCCGCCACGCAAGAAGUCUCGCUGGGAGCAAGACACUCAAGAAAAUGACGAGGAUGUUCUGGCAAGAGAAGCCGAACUGGCGCGAGCCAAGGCCGCGGCAAAGGCGGCGAGACAGAGACUUAAAGAGGCACGCAAGUCCAAACCUACUACAUCUGUUGCCGGCACGACCUCAUCACGGGGAAGCGAUCACGAAAUUGAGCAAGAAGGAAAUAGUCAAAGUGCGCUCUCAGCACUACGCUCUGUCCGCGGAGAAGCCCGGGUGCCUACUGCGGGAAGAGCUCAGCCGCGUGUUCCAUCGCGCAGCGCACACCCUCCCAUUCAUGGUUGCCGCAGCGUGUAUGUUUAUGAGCGGCUCAAUCACAUUGAAGAAGGCUCCUAUGGUGUCGUCUUCCGAGCGAGAGAAAAGGAGACGGGCGAGAUUGUAGCGCUCAAGAAGCUCAAAAUGGACAAAGAGAAGAAUGGAUUUCCGAUCACGAGCUUGAGGGAGAUCAGGACUCUCAUGGAAGCAAGGCACCCCAACGUUGUUCAAGUCAAGGAGAUUGUUGUUGGUGAUACCUUAACUCAAAUUUUCAUUGUUAUGGAGUUCGUCGAGCACGAUCUUAAAACUCUUCUUUCCACCAUGCGCACCUCCUUCAUCAUCUCAGAAAUCAAAACCCUGAUGCAUCAGCUGCUCUCCGCUGUCGCUUUGCUGCAUUCGAACUGGAUCAUCCACCGUGACCUGAAGACGUCCAACCUGCUCAUGAGCAACCGUGGCCAGUUGAAGGUGGCAGAUUUUGGCUUGGCCAGGAUGUAUGGGGACCCCCUGGAGAAGGACGGAAUGACAAGCUUAGUUGUCACACUCUGGUAUCGUGCGCCAGAACUGUUACUCGGGGCCAGAGAGUACGAUACGGCGAUCGACAUGUGGAGCGUAGGGUGCAUUUUCGCCGAACUUCUAACAAAGGAGCCAUUAUUCAUGGCAAAGAAUGAGACGGAGCAGAUUGCCAAGAUAUUCCGCCUGCUCGGUCAACCAACUGAAGACUCCUGGCCAGGAUUCCAAGCCUUGCCGCUCGCCUCGUCGCUCAGCGUCAAAGUCGGUGCUCCGCCUUUCAGUACUCUGCGACAGAAAUUCGCGCACGGCCAAGCACGAGGCGCACCCGUCUGUAGCGAAGCUGGGUUGGACCUUUUGCAGCGCCUGCUCACGUACGACCCGAGGAGAAGGAUCACGGCGGAGGACGCGCUCAGGCAUCAUUGGUUCAAGGAAAGUCCAGCACCAGCGCAUCCAGAUACGUUUGGCAGUUUCCCGUCGGUCGCAGCGGGAGAGCGGCGACGCGACGCAAGCCCAAGUGCACCGCAACGCAUAGCGGACCAAAAGCUCGCCUACAAACUCGAGCUGGACAUUUGAUAGGUGAUCUGGACGAGUCAUGAGACACUGAUGCAGCUAUGGAUGGAAUAUACACAUCACUACAUGAUACCCAUUAUCUUUCCAAGCGUGGAAGGAUGGUCACCAAGCGUCAGUCGGGGCGUCUUCCCUGUCCUCAUGUUUCACCGCUUCCCAGCGUUGACGCGCGGUCGCACGCUCUGAGGCUUCCGUGGAAAGCUCUUCGUCGGACUUGAAGGCAUUCGCGCGCGGCCACAGUUUGCGGCACGCAUCGUUGUACUCACGCAGCAGCGCAGCGUCGCCAUCUACACCGCUGAUUGAGCGCAGGAACUCUUGGCCGUCAAUGAGACCUUGCAGCGACGAGGCCUUCGAAGACGAAGCCAGUUUCGGCAGGCGCAGGACGUACUCAGCCACAUCGCUCUUACGCGCGUCGCCGUGUAUGUGCAGCAACCCCUUUGCGGCGCCUAGGACGCGCAGAGCAUUUUCUGAGUGGGCUUGUAGGUACUGCACGU